GCCUGCCGUAUUCAGGUGUCGCUGACUUUCUGUUACGGUUGGGGCUAGUUCGUGUUAUGUGAAACCCAUCACCAGCCCACGUCCGAUUGUCGACCAGCCCUGCGAACAUUGAAUACUUAAUCCACAGUUAAAGUACACUUCAAGUCGACACCUUUGAAAAUGCUUUGCAGCAGGCAAUUCACCCGAGUGCCCGGUAUCUCCGGAUCGAGCAAGACUGCACUGUACUUCAACAUUCCGCAAGCAGUUCACGGCAGGCUAUUCGGAUGAGACGUGGAAGCCCUCGGAAUCCAGCAAGACUGCAGAUUGCUAUGAAACCCUUGCUCGACGUGCCGCCGGAGCUACUGGUUAGAAAUCGGUCUAUGCGAUGUAUCCUGAGGUUCCAGAUACUGCCAGCUGGACCGACGACAAGUUCAGAGUACCUCAUCCGCAACCUGCCGUCACCCGUGAUUACCACGUGUUGCGUAAUGAGCUUCUACCCUGCUUUUUCCGCACCAAAUUCUGGAUCAAUUUGAGGUACCUUAAGGAUGAAUACCGAUGUGGUUUUUUGGGGCUCCAAAACCAGGUUAUGUCCUGGAGGUGGAACAUAGGACCAUCGAAUCGUUUGUCUCUAGCAGAUGUCGUAGCCGUGGUGACACCAGGCGGCUUGGCGUGCACCCUGGACGGCCUGCAGCAGACCUUCGGACUUGGAUGUUCGCUUGGCAUCGGUGCGCUGGGAAUUGCUGUUUGGCUAUCCAGCACAAUACCUUGGGUGUGGGCGACAUUUGGCCAUGGAACACUACGGACAUGUGAUGUACCUUGUCCCAAUGCCGUCCUCAAACCCAUUGCAGAGACACGCGGACUCCUCCCCAACCCAACCUUACGCUCGACCCUCCAAGCGCCGACCAACUCCUGUACCAGUACAGAGAUGCCGGGCGAACACCAUCUCCCAUCCUUCUAGGAGAAUAACCGACGCUCCAGCCUCAAGCGUUCAUCCUCUUGCUCCUUCUGCUCCUGCCGCGAAUGACUUACAGAAACCUCCGUCGUCCGCAUGAUGCCAUGCUGAGAUCCCCGAACCCUUUUUAUUCGAUUGCUCAGAGUUGAAUCUUGAGGCUUCUCGACCUCUGUUGGACCGGUGUACAGGUCCGUCUCGCUGCCAGUCUGAUUCAAUGACUCCUCAUCCCCGACCGGUGAGGCUUCCUGCGUGACUUCAGCCGUCUUUGGAUCC